AUGGGCAAGUUCAAGGGCCGAAAUGCAGUUGCCUGCAUCCCUUGUCAUUCACAAAAAGUAAAAUGCAAUGGAGAGGCACCCUGCGAGCGAUGCCUCCAGAAGGGGCGAGAGUGCACUUAUCCAGAGAGGAAGCCGAAACUCGUCUCGGUGUCCGAGAGUUAUAUCUCAGAACUUGAGAGAAAUGCUGGCCGGGCUCAGACCUCCGAAUCGUCUUCAAGAAGAACUGCAUCAGCAUCCAAUACCAAUACAGGCCUCGUCUUCGAAAUCAUGCUCCCAGAGUCGGGCAUAGCUUUGAAGAACGCUCGACUCGACAGCGAGUCCAGCACCGAGCGGUUUGUGCGUCAGUUGAAGGAGCUGGCAUUGUCUGAAAUAUCAAGUAGCAAUCAGGCUACGUCCUGUACGGAUUAUACCAGCCUCCAUGGGAAGUAUGACGAUAUGUUGCCAGAUCUUACAAUCAAAUUACCGUCGAUGCCACUAGCAAUACAUCUCUUCGAAAAGUUCGAAGAAGUGUUUUGCGAUUGUCAUUGGUUCAUGCGCCAGGACUUCAGGGAACACCUUGUGAUCUUCUAUUCAAACCCACACCCCCAGACAAGCAACAGGAAAUGGCUUUGCCUAGCAUCGUUAGUCUUUGCUCUCGCAUCCACUUUCAUGUAUGAACAAGACUCCCAUGACCCCAAUACUUGCGCAAAGAUCUCAACACCGGGGGCUGAUGUUUCUUGGGAAACACCUUUACCACCAGGAUUUGGUUUGUUCGAGCAGGCUCGCAAGGUUUUUAUCACAUUUUCGGAAAAUCCCUCCACAGAAGAUAUUGAGAUCCUAAAUCUAAUGGCCUUCUAUUGCUACACACUUAAUCGUCGAAAAACUGCAUUCCUCUACACAAGUCAGAGCAUGGCGCUUGCGAAAUUACUGCAGCUUGGCAAACCGUCUCUCCCACUAGUAGUGGAAUCUCUACCUAGAAACAACGAGAACGCGUUAUCUAUUGAGCAUCGGAAGCGACUAUGGUGGACCUGUUUCCUCAUGGAUCGGAUGAUCUCUGUGGAACUUGGGUUGACGCCCACAGAAGCAACCUUCCCAGCUGAUAUUGCUCCUCCCUCCUCAAAGAAUAUCCCUCCAGGUGACCUAGAUCAGCUUUUUGACUCCGACUUGUUCAGGUUGCAGAUUCGUAUCAGCGAGCUCAAACUCAGGGUUGCCCGUAUUGAAGACCUUCUCCGGGAGACCUCUGAAUACCACGAUAGCAUAGUUCAAUCUCUGAAAGAAAGCCUAGACUCACUUCAGGAUUUCAGGGUAUCUAUCCCCAAUUACAUGUCCCUUGACUUUUCUAAGGACUCCUCCGCAGCGAUUUGCAAUCUACCAUGGGCAAGAGGCAUAGCCACACUUUACCUUCGAUAUCACCAGUGCUACGCAGCUCUUCUACAGCCCGUUUAUUACAAUCAUUUAGUACUGGCGUUGAAAAGUGCACCCAGUCCCGAAUUGAGUCCUAUUGUUUCCCGACUGAUGGAGGAAGGCCUUCACGCAGCUCGAAGUAACUGCCAGAUCAUCCUUGAUCUCUUCCAAAGAGGAAGAAAUGCAAGAUAUGGCUAUUGGGAUUCUGCUCAUCUCUUCUCCGGACUUGUCAUUCUAUCGCUGUCUCGGAUCAUGACCAAAGGCCAUGAGAAUGAUGAGUUAUCAGGAAGUGACACUAGGCUUUACAAUACUUGCCGAGCCAUCCUACAUGGCAUGGCUAGUGCAGGCAACCCAUCAUCCAAGGACCAUUUAUCUCAUUUGGCAGAUGUAGAGCCCAUAGUUGAUAUGCUGAUGUUGGGGGAUAAUAUCAUGGUCGACGAGUCAGAUAACUUGCUCCUAUUCUGGGCCAAUUUUGAGGUAAAUGAGACGAUGGAGGACGAUAUUUGGCCAGAUGUCAACUGGGAUGGUCCAAGUUGA